AUGCUCUUCAACAAGUCGAUCUUUGUCAUUGCCAUUGUGGCUUUGGCUAAUGUCGUGAUUGCCGUGCAGACCCCGGCCUGUGUUCUCAAGGUUAUCGGUCAACAACCCAACCCAGCCGAUUCGAAGGCUAUCUGCGGCUCGAACGCCAGCAAGAUCCAGUCCACUAUCUCCAAGAACUGUGCCGAUAGCGAGGCCUCCCUGAAGUUCUUCGCCAACAACUGCGCCCAGCUCGGCCACAAAGUUGAGACUAAUGUUUCUACCGCUACCGGCGCUUCUGAGACCUCUACCGCCACCGGCUUCGUCACUGCUACCCAGACUGGUUCCUCUGCCGUCGCUACUGGCACUGGCACCGGCGCUGCCGCCGUCAGCACCGGUACCGCCUCUGAGUCUGGUGCCGCCGCGUCCCCUACUUCGACCUUCAACGCCGCUUCGUCCGACCGCCAGCUUUCCACCACCUUUGUUGCUGCGGUGUUCCUCGGCGCUGCUGCUUUGCUGUAA